CACUUUUUGAGGUCUGGCCGCAGAGAGUGGGAAAGAGACAAGCUUCGGUGGUACAACAAGUACAGAAAGCGCAACUGGAAAGUGCAGAUUCGAGUCGAGGUUGGGUUAGACGUGAGAACAUGAUGCUGGCGUCGAAUAUUUCAAAUACCACGUACGUUUAUUAACGUUAUAGUAUUAUCGAAACUAUAACACCAGUAACAUCGAAAUAACAAGCAAAACGUAAACGUGUAAUUGAAAUGUCUAUGUUGACCAGUUAACGUGGCCCUCGUCUUUUACGAAUUUCCGCUGGAGAUGACAUAACCUCUAACGCGCGGUGUGAUCCACACGUGCCCGACGAACGAGAAUUCUGUAUACCAAGUGAUAUAUCAGUGAGAUUUAUAUUGUUAACACGAUGUUCGAGGCACACAGCAUUCUCGCAGAUCACAAAGAUCUCAUACACGAUAUCGCUUACGAUUUCUACGGUCAACGGAUGGCGACUUGCUCGACUGACCAGUGCGUUAAGGUUUGGGAUGAAGACGAGCAUGGAAAUUGGCAUUUGACCGCAUCUUGGAAGGCCCAUAGUGGCGCGGUCUGGAAAAUUACCUGGGCACACCCGGAAUUUGGCCAGGUUCUCGCUACGUGCUCGUUCGAUCGUACCGCCGCCGUCUGGGAAGAAAUUGUUGGCCAAGGUUCUGGAUCGGGAGCACGUGGAAGUAGACACUGGGUUAAGAGAACAAACUUGGUGGAUUCACGUACCUCCGUUACAGAUGUCAAAUUUGCGCCAAAGACUCUGGGUCUUUUGUUGGCCACUUGCAAUGCGGAUGGGUUUAUUCGAAUAUACGAGGCACCAGAUAUCAUGAAUCUGAGUCAGUGGACGUUACAACAUGAUAUCAAUUGCAGGCUUUCGUUGAGUUGCCUCACAUGGAAUCCAUCUCUAUCAAGGCUACAUCCACCCAUGAUAGCGGUGGGUAGUGACGAUACGAAUACGUCGAGUGGAGCGAAGGUCUUUAUUUACGAAUAUUCCGAGAGCAGUAGACGCUGGACGAAGGCGGAGGCGUUGUCGAACAUUACGGAUGCCGUGCACGACAUCGCGUUCGCUCCUAAUUUAGGCAGAAGUUAUCACACACUGGCUAUAGCCACGAAAGACGUGCGGAUAGUCACUCUGACGCCGACUCAGGACAAUAUGCAAAGCGACGUGUCGCGUUACGAAAUAAUCAUGGUGGCGCAGUUCGACGAUCAUUACUGUACCGUGUGGCGCGUUUGCUGGAACGUUAUGGGAACGAUUCUAGCGAGUUCCGGUGACGACGGUUGCGUCCGCCUAUGGAAGGACAAUUACAACAACAACUGGAAGUGCGUGUCCGUCCUCAAAGGGGACGGCACCGGCCAGAACGCCGAGACUCCGGCGACCCCGCCGAGUUCAUCGGCCGUCGUGCAACAGCCGCCGUCUACCACCAGGACUGUAAGCAUAGCCACGGUUACGGCGGAGAAGCCGACAGCCACCGUUGUGUGCAGUAAUAAGUGGCAACCGCCCGUUAUAAAAGGUCGCUUUAGUAAAUCCGUGUGGUUGGGUAAUCCCAGCGAGCCGACUCCGCCACCACCGCCGAUCUUAGAAUGUCCGAAAGCAAAGAAAUAAUUGCGAAAAGAAA